UGUAUGGUAGAAGCCCAAACCAGAAGGCCAAUCACGUAUCGAGCGGGGCGGGCUUUAGCGGAAUAUGGGUGGAAAAGGAAAAUUAACGCCGUGUCUCAGGUAGACACCGCUGAAUAGUGCUCUGAUGGCGCCUUUCCGAGUGUGUGUGAGGGAGUUUUGCUCUUCGCCGUUCGCUCAUGAGACGAAAAACGCGGCAAAGACGACGAGCCGUGGCUAAUGCUCAACAGAAAAGCGGCCCAGGCUUAGCUUUAGCCGAGCGACGGCCCUCUUGCGAGUAAAUGGGAUUCAACGUCGUCCGAGAAUGGAAAGACUCUUCUGAAGGAUGGGAGGAAAAAGCUUCGCUGCUGCUACGCUGCUGCUGUUUUUGGGCUGCAUCUCCGUGUCCUCGGCUGAUGCCGACAGUUUGUCUGCCCCGCUCAAUGUGACCAUCAAGACAUUGGAGGGCAACGCGGCUGUGGUCACAUGGGACAUACUGGAGGGGGACCCAGUCAUCGGAUUUGCCAUAACACAGCAGAAGAAAGAUGUGCGCAUGAUGCGCUUCAUUCAGGAGGUGAAUACCACCACUCGAUCCUGUGCAUUAUGGGAUUUGGAGGCAGAUACAGAGUACAUUGUCCAUGUGCAGUCCAUCAGCAUGAGUGGCACCAGCCCGCCCAGUGACCCGGUCCUCUUCCGCACUCCAAAAGAAUCAGAGAAACUCGCCUCCAAAAGCCCUGAUGAGGUGACAAUGAAGGAAGUUGGCCAAGCAGCACAGCUGAGGGCUGGAGAGCUCAUCAUUAUAGUGGUGGUCCUGAUCAUGUGGGCAGGUGUGAUAGCUCUCUUCUGCCGUCAGUAUGACAUCAUCAAAGACAACGAGCCCAACAACAACAAGGACAAAGCCAAGAACUCGUCAGAGUGCAGUACCCCUGAGCACCCCACAGGGGGCCUCCUGCGCAGCAAGGUCUAACAGCGGCCUUUCUCCACAGGCAAUAACAGGCUUUAGCCUCAGGACACAGCUCCGAGACAUAUUAGAAAGCCAUCCAGUGACUUCAUUGUGAAACAGACUGACUGCCCAUCCUCAUUUGAAAGACUCUUUAAUAUUAUAUUCUAUCAAAAAUGGAACCAUGGACCUUGGUGCUUGUCUGAGAAGGACACAGAGACAACCUCCCACUUGAGCACAUCUAAAGAGCAAAGUGGACUAAAGAAGUGAAACGUGCCAGACUGUGGUGCGAAGAAUUCCCUCGGGUCUGCAUCCAAACUGGGAGACGGUACGGAGCUGCUGCCUCAGCAGGGUGUCCCGGCAUGCUGAAAGCUGCAAAGCCCGGGAUGCUGUACCACCUGAGGUGCAUACCUUUGCCUCCAGCGUCGCCUCACACAGAUAAGGCGAGAUGUGUCAUCCCCUCGGAGGCAGAUGCUAAAUAAACCAGGGUUGUGCGAUGAAUGGAGGGGAAAGAUUUAUUUUUCCUCUUUUUCUAGUAUCAUCAGACUACACUUGCUCUGAGGAAGGUGAUAAACUAAAGAUAUUUCAUGCAUCUCUUUUCCACUCAAUAUUCUUAAUCGUAUUUCUUCUCUUAUAUUUUUCUCCCACUUUUUACUCAUUAAACCUUCUGUUUUCUUUUCCAUGCAUUCUGUUCUCAUACCUGUAGUUCUGCCUCCAAAUCAGUCACAGUUAAUGAAAAUGUUUAUUGGUGCAGCGGGAUUUCUCUCCAUAAGCACUCUCUUGCUCUCAGGGCAUCCAAGUAAACACCCACAGGACAAAUAAUAAGAGUGACUCAUGCAGAACUUCAUCCAGAAGCAUUUUGACCGAAUCACACCUUUCAGAAGCACCACCAUUGAACCAACUACGAUAUAUUGAUGGUAUAUUCGUAUAUUAAUACAGUGAUAGGAAAUAUAUUUAAUCACUUGUGUGUCUUGAGUAAAUCAAAACGGCUCGCUCUGAUGUCUCUGAUGAGCACAUAAAUGUACAGUAUAAGUUAUUUUGGUCCUCAUAACGUAGUAACGGUGAUUAGCAUAUGUUUUAUGAGUGCCGCUUUUAUGCUUCUGCUGUGAAGUGUGGCUACAAUAGAGAAUCAGGUGCCUUCCCUCCAGGCGUUUCCCUAACAUUUUUUUAUGCCUCCUUUAAAACCUUCACUCUUAAAUUCCCUCUCCUCUCGUUUACAACUUCUCGUGUAACAAUUUUUUUCUUUUUUGACAGUUCAAAAGAAGUGGGUGAGAUGGCGGAGCAGCUUGACAGCAGACUGUCACAGAUGGACUUGUCAGUUACAGCACAGUGUCUGAUGGGCCACUGUCCUAACAGCCAGCCUCCAGAGUGAGCUGAACAUGUGCUCAGUUGUCGAGCAGCAAUAUAAAAACGUGCAUACGGCAGGUCAGAGGUCAACAAAGAAUUAAUUGAUUUCGCCCAUCACAGACACUGCACUACACACGUGGGUUAUGUUCAUAACAUUACAAACUAUAAUACUAAAAAAAAAUAUAAUAAUUCACUUACACUGCAGGCUAAGGUAACUAGGAAAAGUUAAACCAUUAAUUAAAUAUUAAUAAAUAGGUCUUUUUGACUGCUUAUUGUUCAUUUCUGCCAAUGCAGAGUUAAUAAUUGCCAUAUUCUUCCCCUUUAAUUAAUUCAUGGGUUAUGUAAUGGGGAAACAGAUGGGAAUAGACAAUGAUUUGGGUAAAAAAAAAAAAGUAAUAAAAAAUCUAGCUCAUAAAUAAAUUAUAUAAAUCAAUAUCUAACUGUGCUUUCACACCAUCAGGCGACAGAGUGGCAUUUCCUAAAGAAGUACACAAUUUAGUGACAGUUACUUUGUAAGAAAAUUUAACUCCAUUUAUGAUGCAGUUAAGUGAUAUUCUAAACCGAAUGGCUCAACAGAUUAUGUGGACCAAUCAUAGAUAUAGACACGGGGGUUUGAGUUCCCAAGAUUCUCAUCUUUGAACAUAAUUUGGAUCCUACCAGUAUUUCCUUCAUUUUCCUGGAUUAAAUGGUGCGUUUUUGGGGCUACACAAGGACAAUUAAUAGAAAACGGAUAUCUCUGGUGGGUUGGUUAAUUGAUAGGUAGCUUGCUAAAUUAGCCAGCCUGUUACUCACAAGAGACAAACUUGAGGGGAAUUGAGGGACUUGUCGCCUGAUAGUGUGAAAGCAGGGUACGAGUUAAUCCUAUCAUCGGGGGAUUGCCAGUAAAGUCCUGGGUGAUGCUGAGAGGCACAAUUGGCCUCACUCUCUCUGGGUAGGCCCAUAACUCAGCUGAUAUGAAAGAACUGGCAAACUAGGCUAAGCUGUCCAAUGAUGUUGCAUUAGCAGAAAAGAUGCCUCAUGUGACCCUCCUAGCACUGGGAUCAUUCUGUGUCAGAGUCUCCUCCCUACUAGCUGGGUAAAAAUGGGAUUAAACACUUUGCAAAAAGCUCGGCAGUUUGGAAAUGACAACAAGAACUUACAGACAUGCAGUAAAAAUGUCUGUAAAUGUAGCUGGAAUUAAUAGCAUACUGUAAUUUCCACACACUGAUUUUGACACACAGUUGUGGGCAGGUUCUCCACAAGUCAGUUACAUUUACUAUUAUCCAGCAGUAAUCUGUAUGCGUGUGCAUUUAAAUGGGAGGCCCUGAGGUGAGGCAGCCAUUUGUAUUCAGUUCCCUCUCUGCUCAGAUUGAUGGCGGUGUUAAUCAGGUGUGUUGAAGGGUACCUGAAGGAAUCUUGGUGCAAUUAAACAGUCUCCUGUUCAGACGAGCGGCCAUUACUCCCCAUCCCUAUCACUGUGGCAGCGGGGCUAAACGAACUAUCCUCUCACAGAGACGUUACGGAGUACCCAUCUCACCUGCUUCAUCGUUUUUCAUUUCGCCCCUCCCACCACCAUUGCCAGAAAGCCGGUAGUUCUUAUUUUAAUGACUGCUAAUUAACCUUGGCCACGGGGGAGAGAGCAGGAGAGCUGCUGGGUGAAAAAUGGCUUUUAUCAAUACUGUGUCUAGGCAGCUUACAUAAAGGGACAAAGGGGAAGUCAGGUGUGAAAGUUAGCUUCCGCCAAAGAGGAUUACGCUUUCCUCUCCACAGAUCAUUUUCCUCCCGCGUUCACUGUGUUCCCAGCUCCAAACAGAUACGACAGGGAAGGGGGCUGGCUAAUGAGAAAAAGGCUGCAGUAGAAUCUGGCUCAAGUCAGACGCAAUGUUCCUAAGCAGUGUCCUGCCACAUUGACCGCAGACGAUAUCAGGCUGGGCGCUCUGGCUCCCGACCCAAAAAACAACCAGAGCAGCAAACCCUCAUUACUGAACUGGAUUCCUGCAAUCACAGACCCCGACUUACAUUUCAGGCUCAGUAUUGCAGUAUUGGCUUUCAAAGCCAGCGCUCUCACAGCGUCCCAGGCUCCUGUUGCGCUUACACCUUCAGAUUCAUUCAUUUGACUCUUUGAUUUCAGCACCUGUACACCGUAAAUCUUUACGUAAAGCAAGUAUUCAGUAAUGAGAGUGUAAUUCUUCUUUCAACUGAUAAAUCUCUGGAAGCACAGUUUCACAGUUUCAGCAAAUAUAAAGAAAAACCCCUAAAAACUGCACCUGUCUGUUAGGGGUGGGCGAUAUGGCCCUAAAAUAAUAUCACGAUAUUUCAUGGUAUUUUCAGGAUAACGAUACUCUUGGCGAUAUGACAGAAUACUUAAAAAAUAAAUACAAUAUACACUGCAAGAAAAAAAAAAAAUAUAUAUAUAUUAUUACACACAAUAUAAUACUGCACACCCCUGAGUGGGAUAUAAAAAAAAUAAUUGUAACAGAUCUAGAAUGUCAUGCUAAUUAUAAUGCACUCAAAAUAUUUCCAUGUAUCCAGGAUUAAAGUAAAAUAAAUGAUACUCGACAGAUAUUUUCGGUCUCAAGUAGAUAUCAAAUGUGUGGGUGAUAUGGCACGAUAUUUUAGGGUAUAAUUUCAUUCACGAUAUAAAAAAAAAUUGAUGAAUUUAUCGCAUACGAUAUGAUAUCGCACACCCCUACUGUCUGUUUCUAUUUAAACUCUUUUCUAUCAGAAUGUAAAAGCAGAAGAAACGUUUUGUUUAGUAUUUUAUAAUCCAAUAACAUAUAGUCUGAUUGCUGUAUUAUUGUGACUGUAAAGUUUUCCACUAAAAAUAACUGCUUAAAAUGGAUUUGUUUACAUCGGUUCCACAUAAAAUGUUACGUCAACACAAUAACUACCUUUCAGUUGACUUACAGUAACAGCAUUUGGCAGUCUCCUAUGCUCCCUAAUCAUGUUAGAGAGAGCUAGGAGAAGACAGCGUCUUGUCUGAGCAGUGUGCCGUGUGUACUGAGUCUGCUGUGUGGACAGCAUCAAUGUGGCACACUGUGCUAUUACAACCACUAGUUUAUUGCAACAUUAAUUGUUGUGUUGUGUUCUAGUGUAGUUAUGCUUUAUUUUAAAGGCACAGUCCAAGUCCAAACAUACACGCAUCAUCAGAAAAUAGUUGCACCUAGAAGGUGUUGGAUUGCAUUUCUAUUCAGACGGAAGAUAAAAGGCACUAUCUAUUGAGCUUUACAUAAUAAGAAAAUAUUUAUUAUAUUUAUUGAGCUACACAUAAAGAAGAUACACAACAUGGCAUAAGCCUUGGAAUGGAGGUGUAGAAGUUCUUUAUGUUGUUCUGCGAUAAUCCAUUCCAUGCAGCUUGAAUAUUCCUGCAGAUUUUGUUGUAGAGGUGGAGUGUUGAUAGCAUGACCAAUAGAAUCCACACAUUUUCAUUGGGGACAGAUCUGUCAGACAUAGCAUCUGUGUUGCGGCAGCAGUAUGUGGACAAGCAUUGUCCUGUUAGAGUGGUGCACUGAAGUGCGAGUUCAGAAAAGGGUCUGGAUGCAACUCGUUUUUUGAUGAGUGUACAAGACCCACCCAAACUUGGGCAGUGUAGAACCACCAUCCACAUAUAUGUAGAACCUUGAUCUACAGAUAUACACUAUGAUAUAUAACAUGCACCUCAUAGAUAUUAUCUAUUCUGUCCUUUACAGAGUGUCAUUUACAUCAAAUAGCGAAUACGCAGAAGCAUAUUUCAUUCAUAUUUUGGAGGUACAAUAAACAGAGAGCGUUUGUGGUUUUAAUCAUAAAAGAAAGGAAAUAUCUUUGUUUCUAACUGGUAUAUUAAGUUCUACUAAUCUGCUUGUCCAUCCACAUACUAUACCAAUAUCUGUAAACCAUCAAUUAACAUGGCUAAAUGUAGAUAAAUACUACGGGUCUGUGUAUAAUAAUGGAAUGCUUCAGUGAAUAAUCAGAUUGACCAAUCAGAUUGGUUUUUGGUCACACCACGACUAAAAAAACGACAAAAAUCCUGUUUACACCUGGUCAGUUUAUUUGUAUUGAGUAUAAGGAUCAUAUCUAAAUAAGGCCAUGCCACAUAAAAUGUUAGUGUAAACACACCCAAGACACAGAUACAAAUCUGAUCACCCAAACCACUUUACGAGGUGGUUUAAGUGCCCGUCCACACAAAUCCAGAUAUUUUUAAAACGUUUUUUGGCUUAAUUUUUUUUUAAAUAUCCCUGUCCAUACCACUCAAAGAUGCUGAAAUGAACAUUCCCCUUCAAUGCAAAGUCGAAAAAUUUCACUCAAAGACACGUAGGAUUCUCCAGACAUUCGGAAGUUUUCUCGCCACUCUCAACUACUUUUCAAAACUGUCCCACCAGGUGCUUGUUAAACCAGGCCUGGUCCAGAAUCUCUCGAUUAGCGGUAAGGUUUGGUAAGGCUCCGGACAGGAGGAUUGGAAAAGAUCUUAAUGCAGAGCAUUUCGAUACCUUCGCUGUGUUAGGUUAUGUGAGAGUUUUCAAAAAAUCUCCAUCUUGGAAAGCGUUUUCGAAAAACUUUGUUUUCAGUUGAUCGUUGACCAGAAAUGCCAUUUUCAUGUAGACGGAAGGCCAAAAUGGAGACAAAAAUCGUAGUUUUUAAAAAUAUCCAGAUUUGUGUGUCUGUCUAUAUAUAUAUAUAUAUAUAUAUAUAGAGAGAGAGAGAGAGAGAGAGCAGUGUAAACACAUCCAUGUCUUCAAAACACAUUUAACAACCAAACCUUCUCCCAGUACAACUAAAAUCAGAAUGCAAUCCAGACAUUAGUCACAUGAAGUGUCCAGGUGUAAAAAAGGUCAAAAACAUUGCCAAUUAUGUCUUGGUAUAAAGGGUGAAAUGUACUAAAUGUGACUCUUCUUUGAAGCUUUGUUUUAAGAUACUCAAGACCCAUACAAUCUGAACCACAUUGUUAUUGAGGCUUAUAACAAAUCUGCUGGACGUGUAUUUGUGAAGUUGGUUUAAUGCAGAGUGUAAAAUCCACUGCUGCCAUUGAUACUACAUUCAAAUCCACAUGAAGAUACUUUACCAUGUCAUGGUUGAAAUCACAAUCAGGGAUUUUCAACAACAGUGGUAGUCACCUCAGUCUGAAUUUUGUGAAGCACUGAAGGACCUGCAAACAAGUUUCCCCACCCAAAAUAAAGCAAGACUGCAAGAAUACUAUAAAGAAAUAUUCUCAAAGAUUUUCAUUCUGUUUUCUUUUCUUUUAUUAUUAUUAUUUUUUUUUUCAAAAAAGCCUUCUGAUAUUUGGACUGAAACAUCUAAGAGAUGAUGUUAUCUUCGAGAAUAUGUGGGGCACACGCUACUGUAAUCUUGCUGUGACACCAAACAGCUUUUAUAAAUCCCUGAUUAUGGCUUUAUGAUAGUAAUGUUAAAAAAAUAUAUAAAAAACAUUUCUUGUACAUAGAUCUGUGUUGUGGCUACUUCUAUAGCAUUCCCAAUAGUCCAGUAGGCCAACGGUAAGCUAGGAGACCAAGCCUUAAAGCAGCUAAAAGAGAGAAAGAUGCUAAUAGCGUAAAGGUGGGACUUACCUUAAGUUGCAUUUAAGCGUAACUGAGACGGUCAUGAAUAUCAUUUGUUCCACAUAUUUACUAUGACGCAUGGACUACAAACAGAAGGAAUGUUUAAUGUAAAUCAUUGAGUCUGUUAAUUGUUGUUCAUAAAACAAUGCUUCAUGAGGGCUAGCAUGUUUCUGCUAUUCUAUACAAAGUUAUACAAUUUAUAUGGAUAAAAAAAUAAAUAAAUGUCUACUUAUGUACUGCCACAAAAAUAAUAAAGUAUGGAAUAUUUUCAAA